AAACGGGCAUAUUCAUGAGUUAGCCGUUAGCUUCCACCUCCCUACUAUGACCAAUUCGCCUCCUUCACUUCCUUCCACUCUGUAAAUCUGGUCAGAACUCAGAAGAGUGGGUGGUGAAGAACCUCCCAAUUCCUCCUCCAUGGCCGAUUUAUCCUUCCUUUCAGACAGCGACGAUGACAGGGCAGCAGUCGAUGAGCUUCUAUCUCAGGCGAUGGAUCACUCUGUUCUCGAGCAGGUCGCCGCCAUAAACUGCUCCGGAUUCUCAGACUCGCCCCUCCCGUCUCACCUCGAAUCCCGCUUCCGGAAGCUCAAAUCUCUCCCUUCCACAAACCCUAAACCCCCAAAUCCCACUCCAGAAAGCUUCGCUGUUUCUCAGCCGGUGGAUAAUCGGGAGAAGGAAGAGCGAACCGGGAAGAGGAAGGGUCCAAAGGAGAAUCCGAGCCCAGAUUUACUUUCACCUACGCGGAUAUUGGAGGAAUCGGGUGUUAAACUCGGGGCGGGUUCGUAUUUCGAGGAUCCGGACGAUGUUUCAACGGAUUCCCCAUCGCCGCCGGCAAAAGCUGGCUGCUUGUGGUGUUCCCCAAACAAAAUUAGGAAGAAGAAGAAGGUGGGGAAAGAAAACAGAGGUGUGCUGUCGGAUUUGAGCAGCUUCUCCCAGAAGAAACAUGAAGAAAUGCUGAAAAGGGCGUUGAGGGAAGAGGAGGAGAUUAGCAGGGAGGCGGAGAAGAUAGUGAAAUGGGCGAAACAGGCGUCUGCUAGGAUGGAGUUUUCUGGCCUUGAUGAUGAUGACGAACUCAGUGACAAAGAGGUGCUUCCCGGAAGAAGAAGAUGAUAUGGAGUAUGUUUCUUCCUUUCAUUUUCUUACCAUCCUCCCCGUCCAUAUGUAUGAAUGGACUAUAUAUUUAUACUUAGCAAGAUUAUAUACAGAUAAGUUUUCUUAUUCCCUUGUCAAUCUUUAGUGCAAUUCCAAAAUUGAGCAUUGGAAUAUGACUUGUAUAGUUGUAAGUAUUUUUGAAGGGAGAUGAUCAAAUUUGUGUCCAAAUAUCAUCCGGAGAUAUGGUAAUUAAGUAACUUCAAGUAAAGUUGACUCAAUCUACA